AUGGAAAGAAGAAGAAGAAAAAAGGGAAUGGAGAGAAAAAAAAAAAAAAGGGAGGAGAAAGAAGAAAAGAAAAAGUGCAGAGGAAAAAUAAAAAAGAAAGAAAAGAAAAAGGAGAAAAAAAGAAAAAGAAGAAAAGAUAAGAAAAAAAAAGAAAAGAAAGAGAAAAAAAAGAAGAAAAGUAGAGAGAAGAUGAAGGAAAGGAAAAAAGGAGAGAAAGAGAAAGAAAAGAGAAAGAAGAAAAAAAAAAAGAAGAGAAAAAAAAAGAAAAAAAAAGAGAAGAAAAAAAGAGCAGAAAACAACUAUAAUAAGAAAAAAGAAGAAGGAUAA